AUGGCGAAUCAAGAGGAGGUUUGGGAGAGGGAUCCCGUUUUCAAAAAGCUACGAGCAAAGGCCGAGAACAAGAUGUGCUUUGACUGCAAUGCCAAGAAUCCGACAUGGGCAUCGGUCACUUACGGAGUUUUCAUAUGCCUCGACUGCUCAGCGAUGCAUCGCAGCCUCGGCGUGCACGUCAGCUUUGUCAGGUCGACAACUCUUGACGGCUGGAACGUAGAGCAACUGAAGAUGAUGUCCUUCGGAGGAAACGGCCGAGCGCGUGCAUUCUUCAAGCAGCACGGCUGGACGGACGGAGGCAAGAUCGAACAAAAGUACACCUCAAGAGCCGCCGAUCUCUACCGGCAGCUUCUCGCGAAGGAAGUUGCGAAGAGCUUCGCCGGCGUACAGACGUCCCUCCCUUCGCCAACAUCGACUAGCCAAACAGCUGCGAAUGGUGGUGCUGCAGCGGCAGCGCCAGCUGAUGAGGAGACCCCGGCUCCUGCGGCUGCUGCUCCUGCUCCUGCAGCUGCAGCGUCGCGAGUGUCACCCGUUACAAGGAAGACGACGAGCAUAACUGCGAAGAAAACGACCACUAAGUCGUCCGGCCUCGGCGUUAAGAAGCUCACGACGAAGCCGAACGACAGCCUGUAUGAGCAGAAGCCAGUGGAGGCACCGGUGAAGGUGGGCGUGGUGGAGCACAAGGCGUCGCGCUUCACGUACAACGAGGCGUCCUCCUCGCAGCCUGGUGCCGGUUCGGGCAGAGGCGGCCACGUGGCAGCGCCCGCGGCUUCUGGGGACUUCUUUAACGACUUCUCGGGAGGGAUUAGGGCUGUUCCCAGUAACCGGCCAAAGCCCCCACCUCAGCCAAUCGAGGAGUCAGACGAGGCUCGCAGGAAGUUUGCAGGGGCGAAGGCGAUUUCGUCGCAGCAGUUUUUUGAGCGGGAUAACAAGGAGCUGCAGGCGCAGAACCAAGAGCGGCUGCAGAAAUUCCAGAACUCGUCGGCCAUAUCGAGUGCGGCAUUCUUCGAUCGGGACGAGGGUGGCAAUCAGGGUGGUGGGGACGGCUCUCUGGACAGCGUUGCUGCUGACCUACUGGGAGGGCUCUCCGUGGGGGCUGUGGCGGAGCAGACAGGGCAGGCGCUGUCAUCAUUCGCCUCCAGCAUCCUUGCUGACUUGCAGGACCGGAUUCGAUAG